AAACUGCCUCGUAACAGGUGGCGCCCCUCCGUCUACUCCCUUUCUUAUAUCAAGAGGGGAAAAACACGAAACUACCUCUACCCAAUCUGGUCACCAUACGCCUAUUACCUUUACUGUUACAAGUACCGGAUCACCCUCCGGGAGAAGAUGCUGCCUUGUUGUUAUAAAAGCAUCACUUAUAAGGAAGAGGAGGACCUGACACUCCAGCCCCGCUCCUGCCUCCAGUGCUCCGAGUCCCCAGUAAGCCUCCAGGUGGGCAAAAGCACCGAGCAGAGUAACCAAAACCAGCUUAAAGAACUGUAUUCGGCUGGAAACUUGACGGUGCUAGCUACUGACCCCCUGCUCCACCAGGACCCAGUACAGUUAGAUUUUCACUUCCGCCUCACUUCCCAGACCGCCGCUCAUUGGCACGGCCUUCUCUGUGACCAUCGACUCUUCCUGGAUAUCCCAUAUCGGGCCUUGGAUCAAGGCAACCGAGAAAGUUUGACCGCAACGCUGGAGUUCGUGGAAGAGAAGACAAAUGUGGACUCAGUGUUUGUGAACUUCCAGAAUGAUCGGAACGACAGAGGUGCCCUGCUGCGGGCCUUCAGCUACAUGGGCUUUGAGGUGGUCAGACCAGGUCACCCUGCCCUCCCUCCCUGGGACAAUGUCAUCUUUAUGGUGUAUCCCCUUGAAAGGGAUGUUGGCCACCUGCCCAGUGAGCCUCCCUGAACAUGCUUAUUCCAACGCUUUGAGGGGCUGGAAGCCUUGACACAUGGGAAUCAGGGGCCUGGGAUGUGAUUCCGGACACCUUCCAUCCUAGGAAUAAAGGGCAGUGCAAUCA